GGGUAAUGAAGUGGGUUAGAGAGUAUCAUGGCGACGGCGGCGGUGCCUUUGCGGGAUCGGCUGAGCUUCCUGAGCCGGCUACCCACUUUAAUCAAAGGCACCUCAGAUGAUGCAGCACCAUGUCCAGGGUAUCUGUUUGAAGAGAUUGCCAGUAUCCUUUGGUCUCUCAAAUACUUGGGGGCUAGUAGUGUGAUAAGAACCUUCAUUUUUUUCACUAGUAAUGUUUAUUUUUCUUGGAAAGAGCACAAGCUGUUGGCUAGAGCAGAAGCUGGAUAUAGAAUGGGUUCCAAAUCCAGUUCUCAUGGUUCUCUUCAAGGCUUUGGUUUUGAAAGAAGCUGUUCCACCUCCACUGGCAAAGUUUUGCUGGCCACCAUCCAGAAGGCAGCUGAGGUGGUUGCCAGUGCUAUGCUCUCUGGUCAGGAGCUCACUAAUCCCCGCAACAGGGAUUUGACGGAAGAUGCCUAUGAGCCAGUGAUGGCACCUUCUUCUGGCAAAAUCUCCAUCCUGCCUACAAAGACAUCUUCUGUGGCAGUUCAUAAGACUCGUGUGAGCCAUCAACCAGGGCAAGCAGGAGGUGGGUGGGAAGAGUUGGACAACGGGCAAAGCUCCCAGAAUUCAUUGCAAGAGAACAGCGAGCUGAGCAGGACUUCUGAUUCCUACAGCAAGCCAGACAGUGACAACCACUCAAGUGUCCAGGAGCCAGGGAAUACAACGGAAAGGAUAGAAACUGAAAACUUUGCUGACUGCCUGCAGGAAGUGAACCUUGUCAACCAUCUAACCAAGGGUUCCAGGGUCUUCUUGACACGUGAAGAGACCCAGCAUUUCAUUAAAGAAUGUGGUCUGCUGAACUGUGAGGUGGUCUUGGCUCUUCUCAGCCGAACUCUGAAGGACUCCAGCGAGUGCAUCCGCAUGAGAGCCAUGUGUGCCAUCUAUUCCCUCAUGUGUUCUGACUUACUCUCCCAUGAUCAGAUAUUUGCUGUUACCCAGCCAUACUUGCAGGAGCUCAGUCAGGAGAGCCCUGGAUCUGUAGCCAACAAAGCAACAAAGAUCUUGCGUCAAUUUGAAGCCCUCUGCAGGAGCCAUCCCGCAUCCAAAAGCUCGCUCCCAGUUGGCAAUCACUGUGUUCCUGCCAAAACCACCUUCAGGCACACAGAUGAUCUGCUGACGGAUGUGAUGCCCUUUGGAGGAGAAACUGUCCUUACACCCAUGAGUCUGUCAGCACAGCCCUCUCAGACACCUAAUCUUCUCACAAAUGAUAUGUGCCUGUCAGAAGAACAGGAUCUAGAAUCUGUCUCCUCAAACCAGCUUGAUAUUUUGCCACUGAGCCUCAGCCAGCAGGGAGAAGAAUGCCAGCUCCCAAACUCUGAACCCCAAGAGGACAGGCCCCAAAGGGGUGAUCCAGAUGGCACUGUUUCUUUGUUUGCCGGUAUGGAGCUAGUAGCACCAUCAAGCAUGACCCUGGCAACAGUGGGGGCUAAGCAGGAAUGCUUCCCUUCAGCUCCAAGGACAGCAUCUUGUACUGGAAAAACCAGGGACAGUGAAGAUAACCAGAAGAUGUCUGCUUUCUCCUUCCUCAAUGCAUAGCAGUUCCAACUUUCCAAACAGCUGAGUUAGCAACAAACUAGUAUUGUUCCAGUUCUCCUCGUGGUGAGUUUGCUUUCUUCGCAUUAAGCAACUGGGCAAUGGUGUAUUUCAGUUGCUUGUCUAAUAAUUUUUUCUUUUGUCUAUGCUGCUAGUCUAUCCUGAAGAGGGAAGACAUCUCCUACUCUACCACCAUUACUAUUGGGUCAUUUGCCAACAUGAAAGAGAAAGUUUGACUCUUCAGUACUGUUUUUUUUUAAAAUAUGAUAAUCAGAAGCAUUUUUCAAGGGACAAAGCACAAUACUCUAACAUGGUCUGUUUCACUGACACACUGAACUAGUUUCUGCAGAAAUAAUCACCUUUACUUUACUUUCCACUUUUAAAAUUGUACUCGUUUCUUUUUUCCUAUAGAACUGAAUGUGUCUUGCUCCUCCCAGUCACUUUUCUCUUUCAUUUGACCCAAGACCUGAAUAUAAAAAAUGAGACAGGCCACUAAUAACAUUCUCGUGUUUUUUACUACUGAGCCAGUUGGUAAAAGAAGGAAAACUGAUACAGACAGAAUUUUAUUUUUAUUAUACUUUUUCCAGCUUGGGACUCAAGGUGGCUUAUAAAACAAAUUCAAUUAAACAAUUCACAUCAUGCAAAAAGUUAAAUAUAUCAUACAAAAGCUUAAAAUAUAUUUCUCCAGAUGUAUUGCACAAAAGUCUUCAUUUCACACUACUGAAGCAUGAAAAAGUUGCUUUUAUGACUUACAAAUCACUGAAUUCCCUAGGCAGCAGAGCAGCACCCAUCAGUCAAGAGUGCUAGGAGGUGUGAUCCAAGAAAGUAACUUUUGAAAGAUUUCACUGUACUAUGUGAUCACCAGGUGGUCUUUCGGGGUUAUCAAAUUCUGUUAUAGCUUGAAACAGAGCUAAUUCCUCCAGUAAAAAAAAACUCAUUCUCCUUCCUUCAGUCAUGUGUGCAGACGGGCAUUGUACGAAAGGUGGAGCACUGAACAUAUAUAUCACCAGAAAAUGUGUAAAUGGUGCAAGUGUGCACACAUAUGUCCAUCAUUAAUUUAAUGUUUUAGUAUACAGUCUGCUGUGAAACUUCAAUUGAAGAGGUAAGCUUUUUGCUGAGCAUUAUCUAUAAUAAUGAGAAAACAUCAUACUGGUCUGCUGUAAAUGGGUGGGAAGUCAUCUCUGCCCUUAAAUUUCUAUAUUCAGUUCUUGUCUUCAUACUUUUACAAGAUGGAGGAUUGUUCCACUCAUACCUAGGCAUAGGAAUACUAUAAACUACAUGGGACAUUUUCCAUAGCUGUGGUGUAAGAUAAGGGAUAGUGAAGGCUUUGGCUCUAGAGGUGUUGGACUGUAACUUCUAGAAGCUUCAGUCCGUGGUAAAGGAUGAUGAAAUUUGUAUUCUAAAACAUCUGGAGUUCAGAAAGUUCCCCAACCCUGAUGUAAAGUGAUACAUAUUGGGUAUGUGUGGAAAUUCUUGUUAGUCAGCCAUGAAAGAUUUGCCUUAUCUAUAAAUUCUGAGACUGAGCUUUGACACUGAAAACAGAUGCCAGAUAGGAAUGCUCUGUUUAGACGUGGUGCAAAUUAAAUCCAGCUCAUACGACUCCUUACCCCCAGUAUUAAUAAUAGCCACCAUUCCUGUACAACAGAAGCAUACAACUGCUAGCAAGUAAGAUGUUCAAGUCAUCCAUGGCUGAAAUGCCUUUGAUAUCUUCCAAGGAGCCUUAGCCAAAAUGCUGACAGGCUGUUUAAAGUGGAAUGGGUAGGUUGCAGGACAGAGGACAGGGUGCUGGUGAUGUUGUCAGCAUUGUCCAGUAGAUCUUCACAAUGGUCAGUGCAGCCACCCAUCACACAGAAAAAAAAAAACUUGUGAUUGUCUUGCCUGAUGGCCAAGGAUUAAUUUCCUAGCAACUGUCCUUGACUACUUGAAAAACAGUGGCUUACUGAUAACAGGAGCUCUAGCUGGCAUGCCACCAUGUAACUGAAUUCAUAGUUGUUUUGAGGUCUUCCUAGAUAGGAGGAGUGUCUGGAAUCAGGGACCUUUGAUUUAAUUUAUCAAUUUAAGAGUAUUUUAAUACCACUUUUCAUGCAUGAUUUUUAAAAUCUCAGAGCAGUUUACAGUUUGCUAAAAAAUAAUAUAGAAAAAUGUAAAUAAUUGCAUACAAUUUAUUUAUUUUUAAAAUCAACCCAUGGGUGAUUACAUUAACAGUUAGGAAAAUGUCUGGGUAUACAGAUCUUUAGAAACACCCAGCACUAAGAACCUGACUAAUUUCAGUGGGGAAAUCAUUCCACAUAGUGAGUGCCACAACAAAGGAGGCCUAGUUACUGAAUAGUAACCAAAUGAAGGUUGCUCAGCUGUGACAUGAUAAGCAAAAUCCCUCCCUCCAGCAUGUUAUAAAGAUCUUGUGGCUACUGCAGGCAGAAUGAUGCACAGCUAAGUGAGUCUUUAAUGGUGGCUCUGAUGUAGUGCUGGAUUUUUUUUAUUAUUGUUAUUAUUAAAGUGGUUCUCCUUUUUUAAUGACCAAGCAAAGGAGGGCUAUUUCCAGACAAAAGCAAUGAUGUUGUAGGGAAUGCAACCAACUGAGGAUGUCAGGCAAGUCUGAAUUCAUAGGAGCUGCAGAAAAGGCCUCUCUCUUUUGCUGCAUUAAUUUCACAAAGAUUCAUUUCUCUUUCCAUUUGAUGUUGGGGUUGCUUGUUCUUCAAAAACAAAAUUUUCCAUCUGUAGGCACACCUGACUCAAGCCCCGGUGUGCUAUAUAGUCUACUUCAAAAGGGAUUGAGUGACACGCUCUGUGUGUAUUUAUCUAUCUGCGGCAAAAUCCUUUCCAGAUAGUAGUAGACUGUAGUAGAAUUGCUUAAGUUAACUUGCACUCAAGGCGCUUGCCUGUUAUUAAUUCUAACAUACUGAUUUGUUCAUUUUCCUGAGAAAUGAACAUGUAACUGAUACAUAUUAUUCCCUGGUUCAUUCAAUCAGGACCUUGAAUUCUAUUGGUCAUCCUGCCUCAAGGCAAGUCAGCAACAGACAAGGUGUAACCCAAUCCUAUCCAUGUUUACUCAGAAGUAAAUCCCACUGGGUCCACUUGGGCUAUUUUCCAAAUAAGCACAUAUUGAAUUGCAGCCUUAAUAUUCCCCAUGCUGAACUUGAUCUGUCAGUGACGCUGAUGGCCUGGGCCUUUUCAUCCCACCUGGAUCCAGUCUGUUGUUCGUAUCCAUACUGACUCUGCAAUAUGAUCCCAUUUUGAUGUUUAUCUCCUGAGUUUCACUCAUUUGCUCUUAAGAAUGCGCUGUCUAUCCCUGUUGGUAACAGCUGUUCCUGUACUUGUUGAGCAUAGGGGUGCUUACACCCUGUCUGAUAAAAACUGCAUUCACAGACUGAUCCUAGGCUUGCUCCUAUGUCCAGUGAAACCCAGGGGCUUAAGCAUACUUAAGCCUGCAUAAGGAUUGGGCUACACUUCUGUAUAACAUAGUAACAGAAGCAACUGAUUACAUGCUACAACUGAGCAUGCACACUAGUUUGAUGGUGAGCUAGACCUGUUGAGUGAGUACAAAGAGUGCUCUGUCCUGACCUCCAGACAGAGUGGAUUAAGGAUUCCUCUCCCCCACACAUUUCCUACUUGUUCUGAUAUCUCAAAGAGGAACUGCUCCUUUAAGCAUUGCAUAGCAGUUUAAUAUAGCUGUGACUGCUGACAUGUAAAAGUUUUUCCUCCUCUUCAUAUUGUGUUAUUCCCUAUAUUUGAAUGCACAUUGCAUAAAAAUAUGUACAUUGAUGUGUGACUCAAGAAUAAAUGUAAAAUAGUCCA